GUGACACGAACCAAAAGGAGUAAAGAAACGCGGCAUACUUUCAGGAGCUACAGAAAGUGCUGCAUAGCCGAAGGUUCAUACUUAAUUUUAGCGCCUGCCAUAGCAGAAUCGUGAGCUAAAGGUCGUGGAACUGACCAAUUACCAACCUCUGCCGUGUAACGGCGCUCAAAAAACAGAGGCCCUGGUGACCGAGUCGGGGCGGUAUAACCUCCUCCGACAAAAGUCGUAGGAAAUUCUCGGCCAACGUUGGACUGCUUGGUAGAGCGUUAUUAUAUUAUAUUGAGUAUAGCAGAUUGGUUAGUGACCGAUAUUGCUCGUCAUGAGCAAUAUUGAGACGAGUGAGGCGGAAGCUGAGCUGCUGGCAAAGUUCCUCAAGCUUCCAAGAGUCGCAAGAUCGCCCCAGAGCGGAGGGCCUGCAUCUGCGCCCCCAAAGGUGGAUGAGCUUGUGUUUAGCUUUGAUGCAGGCGAAGAAGCGGCAACGCCCAAAAGAGCCCGGGAGGAUCGGAGUCCUGGUGUCUCAUCUGAAGCGGUGCCAAAAAAGAUUAAGAUCCAUAGAAGCCUUCAAGAGGCGGUAAAAGAGCUGGGCGAGUUGAUCGAUGGGCUGAUUAAGACAUUUACGCCCAGAGAAGUGCGACACGUCACACAAACAAACAAGAAUACGUUCGCACGAAUCAAAACCGUGCAAAUCGAGAUGGCAGCUAGUCUAAAGAUGUCGGCUGUAGAGACAGUGGAGCAGGUGACCGCAAAGACACUGGAUGAAGUCUUCAAUAGCGUACGUAGCUCGUCGACGCAGACCUCGCCGAGUAAUGCGGUGAUCACGGUUGAAGACAAGCGCAAAACUGUUUCGUCCACGAAGCCCAUAUCCAAGCAGCGUAUUUAUCCUACGGUUAAGAAUAAAGCAGAGAAGGAAAGCGUGCGUCAGGAUACUGAAGGGCGCAACACCACAAAUAAGCCACCGAGAAGACGCAGAAGGCAGGACGCCAUUAUUAUCCAACCCACGGAUGGUAUAUCCUAUAGUGAAGUGCUCAAAUUGGUGACGCGUAGCAACGAUAGCAAGCUACAGAGCGUCGGUGAGCAAGUAAGGCGGGUAAGAAAAACUGCCGGCGACGGACUGAUUUUGGAAAUGGGGAUGAACUCCAAGCCUUCUAUGCUAAAAAUGAAGGAUGAAUUAAGCGAAGCGCUCGGCUUGAAAGCCAAAGUGAGAGCUCUAACUCAGGAAACCAUCCUAGAGAUCAGAGAUAUAGACUGCCUGGUUUCUAAAGAAGACGUGCUGGUAGCCUGCGAAAAACUCAGCCAAGCGAACCUGGAGCUAAGUGCCAUCAAAGCACUUAGGCCAGGUUUUGACGGUAUGCAGCUGGCAAUUGUUAGUAUGCCGAAGGAGGCUGCAUCAUCUAUUCUACAGAAUGGAAAAAUCCGGAUAGGCUGGACAAGCUGUAGAGUGAGAGAGAGGUCUGAGAGGCCAGAAAAAAAGAGGUGCUACAAAUGUCUGGAGUUUGGACACAUUGCUAAGUUUUGCAAGAGCACGAUCGACCGCUCUGGGUGCUGCCUAAGAUGCGGUGCAGCUGGCCAUAAAGCGGCGCUUUGCAAAAAUGCUGCUAAAUGCUUCAUCUGUGCAGAUGCGGGCAAAGAGGAUACCAGACAUCACGCAGGAAGCAGUCACUGCCCUCUCAAAGGGGUCAGCGGGGUCACGCAGGGGCCAAAAUGACUCAAAGGCUC